AUCAGUGACAAUGCCCUAGUCCUCCCCAAGUCUUCUACUCCCGCAUCUCUCGAUCUCCACUUCCCCCAUCAAUGGCGGAAACCCUAACCCUAACCCUAACUCUUCUCCUCUUCUCCAUCCUUCCACUCUUCUCCUCUUCUCUCCCCACCAUCGGCUUCGACUCCUUCCUCUCCGAGCAAUUCCGCCGCGAUCCCUCCGCCUCCAACGACUCUUUUCCCCUUCUCCCUUCCUCUCUGAAGAAGCCCCUCUCAUCACUCCCCUCCCCUCCCCUCUCCUCCCUCUCCUUCCACCUCCCCAUCCCCAUCGUCCUCCACCUCGUCGGCUCCUUCCCCUCCAUCUCCUCCUCCCUCCUUCCCUCCCUCCUCAUCUCCUCCUCCUCUUUCCAGACCAUUGGUGCCACCCCUCACCACCUCGCCAUCUCCCACUCCCUCCACCUUGAACCCCGCCCCAACCCUUCCCUCUCCUCCCGUCUCUCCACCGCCAUCCGCUCCCACAUCGACUCUUCCCCUUCCCCCUUCCACCGCACCGCCCUCACCUCCGUCCCCGUUUCCGUCACCGACGACCUUAUCCGUGAUGAUUUUAAGGUCUCCGUCUCCGCAUCCUCCGCCCCCGCCUACCACAUCUACUUGCUCAAGCUCGAUCCUCCAUCCCGUCCCUACGCAUACUCCUACUCCCCCGGUGACUCCUCCCUCUCCUUCUCCAAAUGCCUCGGCAGUCUCUACGCCGGCUCUGACCGCUACCUCUGGAUCGACCUCGCUGCUGGCCCCGUUGAUUACGGCCCAGCGCUUUCCGGCGACGGUGUGCUCCCUCGCGGUGAGUUCCACCCUCUCGCUACCCUCACUGGGCGCCCUAAGUCCGAAAAGGCCCUCCUUGCUGAUCUCGCCUCUUUGAUCUCGAGCGCUUAUAAGGCUCUUCUUGUUCCGUCCCUGCGGAUCCCAGUAUUCUUUGAAAACUCGCUUUUGAUUCAGUUCGUUCAUGUUCAUGGUGAUAUCCGUGAUCCUAGUGGUUUGGAUUUUGGUGCUAUUGAGAAGAGAUUGAAGGGGAGUGAUUUGGUGUUUAAAGAUCAGACCUUGAGGUUUAGAUCUUAUUCAGUGAAGUACUCUGAGUGCCCUAUUUGUGCUUUUGCAGUAACAAAAUCAACAAACUUCUAUACUUCUAGGUUUCUGUUUGAGAACUAUACUAUGAUUGUGAGUGAAUACUUGGAUUCAAAGAGAUUGAGGCAGAUACUUUCUGACUCAGGGGACGAGUUUAAGAGAGCGGCUGGCAUUGAGGAUGAGGGUUAUGGGAAGGUUGUUCCAGUUUAUGUGUUUGAUUUGGACUAUGAUAAGCUUCUGAUGCUUGAUAGGUUUCAUCAGGCUGUGGCUUUUAGGGAUAUGGUGAUUGCUGUCAGGACGAGGAGCUCACAGACAGUGAGUGAUUAUAGUUGCAAUGGCCGCCAUGUGAUUACCCAGACUAGGAAUUUGGAGCGGCCGAUUGUUGGAUCUGUUCUUCAGAGCAUGUGGGGGGUAUCACCCACACAUCUAUCAUGGAGCCCGGAGCAUAAUAACACUCUUGUCGACUACACUUGGAGUGUUGGGCAGACACCAUUUGGCCCUUUUGCUGAGUCUUCAUCAUUGUCAUUUGCGCAGAAGGAUGCAGCUAAGAGGAAUGUCCUUCUUACUAGUUUGAAUUACACAAUUAGCAGUGCCAUUGUUGUGUUGCAAUCAAUGGCAGCUCAUGGUGGGGAUCAAAAGCUCCUCACAAAGAAUCGUCACUUGGAGUUUGUGCAGAGGUGGAAUUUUUUCAAGCAUAAACUGGAUAAGGUGAUUGCUGCCAUGGGACAUCUGGAUUUUGAGAAGGCUAUGUACUUCUUGAGGUCCUCAGAUCAUGACCUUUAUCAGAUACAUACUAUUAUUUAUCAGGCUUCUCAAGAACUGGAGGCAUCACUAGUUUGCUUCAAAGAUCCACCAUUCCCUUGGGCAUCAGCAUCCAUUGCGGGGGUAUUUCUGUUCGGCUUCUUGUACCUCUAUGCUAAGAGGGAUAAGAUAUUCAGGAGCAAGCGGAAGCAGUUUUGAAUUUCUUUUCUUCAAGUUGUGGAGGAUGGUUUCUCCCGGCGGCGGCAUUAUUGUUAUCCAUCAUCUUUUUGCGGGAGAUUUGACUCCUAGUGUUGAUUGUAAUUUUAGAUUGAGCUUGUGAUGUGGAACAAAAUUUGACUUAGAAAAGGGUGUCAACCUUCACACCUGCACAGGCUGUUUGCAUUUUUUAAAACACUUGAAAUGACACACUUAGCUGAACGCUAAUAAACACUAGCUUUGAAUA